CAGCCAGCGCACAACUGCUAAUGCCAGUUGAUCAAGAAUCGCUGUAUCUGCAACUUGUAGUUAACUUUGUAAUUCGCAUUCUCAAUACGCCUAUAAUUCGCAUAUCAGUGCGAAAGCAUCUUCCUGGCAGCGCUGCUGUCGACAUCGCUCGUAACUCUCGCUGAAUUUGAAUACAAAAAUAAACCUGCCCGCGAAAGCUGAUAAACGCUUAUCAGCUGUACGCUCCAAGUAGAUUGACUGCUGAGCGCGGUCAGCAGUUCCACCAGUCGAGCCGAAGCGUCGCUGGAUGUUCAUCACCUGUUCCGCCCAAAAGGUGCAAUACAAUGUUAUCUAAGCUGAUUGAGGAGUUCAGUGCUGCCAGCGCGUCCAAGCAGGCUUUGCUGGUGGCGGCAGGGGUCGGAACGGUUGCGGCGACCGCCGUCGGAGCCUACUACGUCAAGAAGCGCAUCGACAACACCCCACCCAAGCAGUGGCGUAGGGCGGGCGAGAUAAACGAAAUCUUCGUGUACCCCAUCAAGUCAUGUGGUCCGAUCAAGGUCAGCCGCAUCGGUUGCUCGAUGCUGGGUCCCCAGCGGCAGAUGCUGCGCGACCGGAUCUUUAUGGUUACGAACGAGGACGGGAAGUUUGUGACGGCCCGGCAAAAGCCGAAGAUGGUGCUGAUCCGGCCGCAGUUUGACGCUAGUUUCGCACGGAUGACCUUGUCGGCGCCCGGAAUGGAUGACAUUACGAUCGAUGUCAAGGCGCUGCUCGAUGGUCCUCAAGCGAACGGGGUCGUCUGGGGUGAGACGGUGCCAACCGUGGACUGCGGCGACGAUGUGGCCAGGUGGUUCUCGACGUACAUCCUCGGCACGGACAAAGGGUACCGCUUGAAGUUUUACCCGCUGAACGAAACUUCCCGAAAGAGAUCCAACGAAGAUACCGGCUCCCUGCAGGACGAAACAAGCUACAUGCUGUUCAACACGGCCACCGUGGAGGACCUCAACACCCGGCUGGACCAAAAAGUGACCGCGCUGCAGUUCCGGCCGAACUUUGUCGUCAAAGGGCCACCCGCCUACGCCGAGGACAACUGGCGUUGGGUCAAGAUUGGCAACACGGUGUUCCGGUACGUGAAACCCUGCCUGCGCUGUGUGUUUACCAACAUUGAUCCGGCCAAGGGCAUCAGCAACCAGGAGGGGCAGCCGCUGAAGACGUUGAAGGGAUACCGUAAAAUUCCGGCACUGGGAGAAUCACCAGCUUUUGGAAUUCAUCUCGGUUUACGCAAGGCUGGCGAGGUCAGUCUUGGUGAUCCGGUGUACUAUGGCUGCUGAACUGUCACUCGAGAGGUGUUUUUAAACUGUCAAAUUCUAUUGUUUACUCCUGAUGAUGCCAACUGUCGUGAAACGAUGAGCAUUUAAAGCUGCGUUUGUAUACAUGAAAUUAUUUUUAGAGAAAUUUUAUAAAGGCUUUCCAUCUUAUAAUAAAUUUAAUGUUUUAAUAGAA